AUGUACUAUUAACCAUCUUAAAAGCUAUUACUCAGUAAUAAAUUCUCAUCUUAACCAAUAAUAGUAAAUUGUUCAUCUAGUAUUUUAGAUUUAAUAAAAUAUUUAAAGAAAAUUGAAUUCAAAUCCAUUUGACACACCCAGGUACCAAGCAGAAAAUUAGACUGUUAAGACAUAAAGAUAAAAAAUUGUUAAUAUUGAUGAGCAUUUCACAAAUCUAUAUUGCAAUUUGAAAGAGGAAAAUCAAUAAUUAAAGGAAUAAUUGAAUCAAUUAGAGUUGAAAGUCUUAGCAGCCUAAAAAAAACUAGAAUUGUUAAAAUAAUAAUGA